AAUGAGACUGGGCAUCGUGGUUUUUUGUGUCACAUUAAAGCAAAGCCUAAUACAGUUUAUCAAGCUGUUGUUUGUAGCUCAGAACUCUGUCCUCCGUCCCAUAGCCCAAGGAUCCCAGGAUGUUGCACAGCAGUUACAACCGGGCACCGCGACGCAAACUCAUCCCGAAUCUUUUCAGCAACAUCCUGCAGGUAAUCGCCGAUGCCGACCAUCCACUAACCGAGCCCGAGAUCGUGGAGGCCGUAUCCGAUCGAUUGGACCGCAGCGAUGAGGAGCUCAAACGCCAGAUCACGGUCAGCCUCCACGAUGCCCUAAUCUACGGCUACCUGCGGGUGAAGAACUAUCGCUACUCGAUAGUUCCCAGUCGCCUGGACCCCGAUGAUCAUCACCACCAUCCGGGGAGCUUAUCGAUCGGUCAAAAUCACAAUCAACAAUCCACAUCUAACAACCAUCAGGAGGGACUAAUGAGCAGGUCAGCGGAACAGGCAAUCAAAAGGGAGACGGCCGAGCCGGAAAAGCCAAUAAAUUGAUAUAAGCAAAUUUUAAAUGUAUACAAUAAUAG